GGUGGUCAUUUCCGGUUUUGAGCUCCGCUGAUGCGUAUCGAUAGAUAUCAGUGCAUCCUGACGUAAUUAUAUUUUACAUUUUGCUUAAUUUAAAAGACAAGACAGGCGUUGUCCGUCAUAUCAUAACAGCAGAAUGGCAACAACAAUAAGCACGCAACGAGGACAGGUUUACAUCGGUGAGUUGCCUCAGGAUUUUCUGAGGAUCAUGCCGACUCAGCAGCAGCAGCAAGUGCAGUUAGAUGCGCAGGCGGCCCGACAGCUGCAGUACGGAGGAUCUUUAGGCACUGCUGGACGCCUCAGCAUCACUGUAGUACAGGCCAAGCUUGCAAAGAACUAUGGUAUGACACGGAUGGACCCGUACUGCAGGAUUCGACUGGGCUACGCUGUCUAUGAGACUCCAACCGCUCACAAUGGAGCAAAAAACCCUCGCUGGAACAAAGUCAUCCAGUGCACCGUCCCACCCGGGGUGGACUCUUUCUAUCUGGAGAUAUUCGAUGAGAGGGCGUUUUCUAUGGAUGAUCGCAUCGCGUGGACACACGUCACAAUCCCCGAAAACCUGCGGGAGGGAACUGUAGUGGACGAGUGGUACAGCCUGAGCGGGAGACAGGGGGACGACAAAGAGGGCAUGAUUAAUCUCGUCAUGUCCUUUGCAACAAUACCUGCAGGAAUGAUGAUGCAGCCGCAGCCUGUGGUUCUGAUGCCUACAGUCUAUCAGCAGGGAGUUGGAUAUGUGCCCAUAGCAGGUGUCCCUGGAAUGUAUAAUCAGGGUGUGGUGCCCAUGGGGAUGCCAGCCGCUCCUCCAGUGGCGUCUCAGAGCGCCCCAUGCAGCGAAGAAGACUUGAAAGCCCUUCAGGACAUGUUCCCCAACCUGGACAAAGAGGUGAUCCGUACCGUUUUAGAGGCGCAGCAGGGAAAUAAAGAUGCUGCCAUAAACUCCCUGCUGCAGAUGGCGGAGGAGCUUUAACCGCACCGCUGCCACUCCACAUAAGACUUUAUACCAAAAAAAAAACAACCUGUAAAUAUGCACACCUAAAUCUGGCAACCCUUAAGAGUAGCAAGAAAAUCUAACUGUAAUUGUCUUUUAUUAAAUCAGCAUUCAGGCCGAAUGUUUCCGGAUGGUUACGGAGAAUGUAGGAUGAUUUUUGGCUUGUCAUAUAUGUCCUCCGGGGGCAGUAAACCAUAUCUGUAUUGUAGUGAUCCCACGUCUUAAAGAUGUUUGAUAUAUAUUAUGCUUUGAUCUGUAUGAAUUUAGUUACAUAAAUGUACAUGGAUAUAAUUUAUUUUGAAGAUUAUUAAAGAGAUAUCUGAGUA